ACUUCUACUUUUUUGGUAGAUACGGUUGGUUGUGGGACGGCAGAAGAGUGCUUCAGGAUCUGUGGAAAUCGCUACGGUUGCAGUGAUUGGGCCUAUCCAAAGCUCGUCAUGGGAAUAAUGCCUGACGGUCUUCGGGGCUUGAUGCUAGCGGUCAUGUUGGCAGCUUUGAUGUCCGAUUUGACCUCCAUAUUUAACUCUUCUAGCACACUUUUCACCGUGGACAUUUACACCUCCUUCCGACGAAAAGCGAGCAACAGAGAACUCAUGCUUGUCGGAAGACUUUUCGUACUUGUAAUGGUGGGCUUGAGCAUUAUUUGGGUCCCGGUUAUUCAAAGCAUGCAGGGAGGUCAACUCUAUAUCUACAUCCAGUCUAUUGCUGGCUUCCUUUCGCCACCAAUCGCAGCAGUCUAUGUAAUGGCUCUCAUGUGGAAGAGGAAUAAUGAACUGGGAGCAUUUACGGGUUUAAUCUACGGAUUUGUAAUCGGCAUUGUUCGAAUGAUUCUAAGCUUCAUCUACGCUGACCCCAUUUGCGGAGAACCAGAUAAUCGUCCGUGGAUUGUUGCAAAGGUGCAUUACAUGUAUUUCGCCAUGUUUUCCUUCUUCUCCACUGGCCUAGUAAUGUGUCUUGUAUCGCUAGCCUCUUAUCCACCAACAGAGGAGCAAAUCCGGGGUCUAACUUUCUGGACGAGAAAUGAGGUCCUGACACCGAAUGGGCAGUUGACGUUUGAUGAUGACGAUAAUAGUUUUGCCACUAAAAUUGACGGUGCAAUGCUUGAGGUUCGAUUUGGCGAUGAAAUCUCCCGCAGGGAUACUGAGGACGAGGAAGAAGAGAAAGUAGAUGGUGAGAAGAAUGGGCUCGCUAGCAAGAAAUUCAUCGUUGAAGAAUUAGAUACCACCGUUGAGAUUAUGGAGAAUGAUGCUGAGAAGGAGUCUAAAGAGGAUAUUUCAGUAAAAUCCACAAGAAGUCAUUGUUCACGUUGUUUGUAUAUCUCCGGGCAUGUUUGCCAGUGGUUCUGGGGUUUCAGUGAUGAUCCUUGUCCAUCGGACAUCAAGUGCUGCUGUGGCAAACUAUCUCUUCCACCAAAAUCAAACGCCCCGAUGACAACGGCUGAUGAGGCUCUCAACUUCAGUCCAAUUAGUCUUCAACAAAAUCGCAAUGUCAAAAUUGGACUUUUCAUCGGUUUGGUGUUUAUUGUGUCCAUCACUGUGUUCCUUUUCUGUUUCUUCUCGCUCUACUUUGGUUUGAUCACAAGAGGGCCUCUCCGAUUGAUCGGCAACUCGACUUCUAAAGUUAUUCUUGAAGCGGUUAAGAAACUGCAAGAUUAUAACAUGAUUGCUUAUUAA